UAUCAAAGCCCUUAUCAAAAUAGGAACGAGUAGGAGUAGAGAUGCUGGAGGAGGUUACAACUAAGGCAUAGAAUGUCUGAUAUGCCUGCUUAGGUCUUAAGUUUUAUCUUUAUUUCUCGAAUUAAUUUCGAUGAUUAUUCUUCCAUUAACGUAGCCGAUUAUUAGGCUAUUAAUUCUGUUGUCGUUCCUAUAAUGCUGUAACGUUUUAAAUUUUUAUCAUAAUGUUUUUAUUUAAAUUAAUUUUAUUAUUUUAUAUACCAACGAUAUAUUGUAAAGUUGAUUACUAUGAACUCCUGGGUGUCAAAAAAACAGCCACUACCCAGGAAAUCAGAAGGGCUUUCAAACAAUUAGCAGUUAGCUUACAUCCAGAUAAAAAUCAGGAUGAUCCUGAGGCACAUGAGAAGUUUAUAAAAAUUACUCGUGCCUAUGAAGUUCUUAAAGAUGCAGAAAAACGAAAACAUUAUGACAUUCAUGGCGAAGAUGAGAGCCAACAAACCAAACCUCAAUAUCAUAGCUACACCUAUUAUAGAGAUCACUUUGGUAUUUAUGAUGAUGACCCUCACAUAGUUACCUUAAGUAAUGCUGACUUCGAAAAUAAUGUUGAGAGUUCUGAUGCUCAAUGGUUCAUUAAUUUCUAUUCACCUAUGUGUGGGUCUUGCCAUAAACUUGCUCCAGUAUGGAGGGCUUUAGCCGAAGAAAUGAAUGGAGCAGUAUAUUUUGGGGCUGUGAAUUGCGAAGAAGACUGGUCAUUGUGUAGGGAACAAGGAAUUAAUUCUUAUCCUACCCUUGUAUUUUAUCCAUCUAAUGAAGUUUUAUAUGGAGCUAAAUCAAGGGGAGACUUAGAGCGUUUUAUAAUGGAUCGCUUAAAGACAGAUAUGAUUUAUGUAAGCUCGAGAGAGACUUGGGAUGUAGAGAAGGAAACACAUUCCAGUUGGUUGCUUAUACUAUCACCUCUUUCCUCUGCUACUAAGAAGCAGAAAAUAAUUGCUGCAAUGCUGCGCGGCUUGUUGGGCAUUGCUCUUAUCUCGUGUAAGAAGAUGCCUUGUGCCGAAUGGAACACAGAAGAUGGCCUUAUGUACCUGACUAAAUCUGCUCAUAAUAUUUGGGCCUCUGCUCCCAUCCGUGCCGAGGAACCUCGAGCUGUGCUUGGAGAAGUACUUAACAUUCUGCCGGGUUUACAGAAAAUUGAUGAUGAAAAAUUUCAGGAUCUGAUUGCUCAACUGCAGCUGGGAUCUGAAACACCUUGGUUGAUAUACUUCCACAUGGGCCCUGUUACGGACCUCGACACUGAGGUUAAAAAACUGCCUGCCCUUUUGAGCAACUUUAAAAUUGGAAGGAUAAAUUGUGGCCGUCAUACUAAUCUAUGCCAGACUUUAUCUAUUUCUAGAUAUCCUCUCUUCGGUGUUUUUAAGCCUGGUGGUGGAUGGGAGUUUCAUCAUGGCAGUGAAACAGCUCUUGGUGUUGCAGCAUUUGCAAAAGAAGCAGCUGCAGCAACUAAUAUUAGAACUAUUGGAGAAGCUGAAUUUUUGUCUGAAGUUAGACGUGGUGGUCUGUUUUUUGUUGACUUCUACGCACCUUGGUGUCCCCCUUGUCUGCGCCUAUUGCCUCAGCUACGAAAAGCCUCUCUUUCCUUCACACCUGGCGAGAUCUCCUUCGCCACGGUAGAUUGUACAGUCCAUCGUGACCUCUGUGCUAACCAAGGUGUGAGGUCCUACCCAACUACUCUCCUCUUUAAUGCCACACGGAGACCACAGAGCUUCAGGGGACAUUCUGCUGCUAGUAUUAUAGAAUUUGUAGAAGAUAUACUACAUCCUCAUGUGAUCGACCUGAGCAUAGAUACAUUUUAUGAAACUGUUGGCCGUAAAACAAAAGGAACUAUAUGGAUGAUAGGAUAUUUCAUGCCGUGGUGUGGUCCUUGCCAACAGCUUGCGCCUCACUAUAGAAAGUUAGCUAAGACGGUUGCUGACAUACCAUUUGUUAAAAUAGCUGAAGUUAACUGUGAAAAUGAACCAUACCUUUGCCAGGAAAGAGGGGUGAGAAGUUACCCACAUAUCGAACUACAUCCCUAUGAGAAUGAGGGUGUAUCUAGUGUUGUCGUAUUCAAUGGUUUUCAAAGGGAUUUUCAAACACUGAGGAGAUGGUUAUAUAAUUUUAUACCAUCACCAGUGGUAGAACUGACACCGGAACAAUUCUCCAAAAUUUUAUCUGGAUCUAACUCCAAUCAUUGGCUCGUUGACUUCUAUGCUCCAUGGUGUGGCCAUUGUAUCAGUUUUGAACCAGACUACAUAUCUGUUUCAAGGAAACUUGAAGGAAAGAUAAAAAGUGGAAAAUUGAACUGUGAAAUGUAUCCACAUCUUUGUCAAAAAGCUCAAAUUUCUGGUUAUCCCACUGUCAAAUUUUUUGGCGGCGAACACAAGAGAGGAAUCGAAAUUCAUAGUCAAAAUCCAAAAAUUAUACUAGAGUCUGUAGAAACUUUGUUGAAAAAGACUUCCAGAUUCAUUGAUGAACUUUAAGGAAUUUUUAAUUGAAUUUAAGUAUACAAGAAAUUAGUUCCUACCAUUUUUGCUUAAUAUUCCAUCGAGAUGUCAACAUCCAUUAAAAAAAUAUUAUUUAGUAUUUCAGUUUUAAAAUUUUGCCAUUAAUCAUGGGUUAGGUAACACUUUAUAUAAUUUCCUGGAAUAAUUGUACUAUGUUUUUAACAAUCUUCCAGACCAAAUUUAUUUUAAUAUAAAGGUGAAUAGCACUUUUUCCUUAAUUUUUUCAAUUCUUUAUUUUUCAUGUUUUAGUUUUCUUUCUUUUUAAAUAAUUCAAUAUAUUUCAUCGAGAAUAAAUGUUUUGUUUAGACAAAGAAUGACAUAAAACAUCUUAUAGAACUAUUCAAUAAAUAUUGGUAACUCUGCUCCCCUCCAACAAACCAAAACUAACUAAGCGGCACUAAAUGUACAUUUUUAUCAGCUGAUGGUUUGAUAAUGAUAUGUGCCUUUUAGUGAAGAGGCGUAUGCCUUUAAAGGAAAAAGCAGGUUUUUAGAAAUAAUAUCUAAAUUUAGAGAAACAAGUGGUUUUAUCUAUAUUUAAUAAUAACUCAAAUAGCAGAUUGGAGUUGGAGUUUUGGCACAAUGCAUAUGAUAGUUUUACAAACCUUAUAUCACACUUCAGAUUUUAGAAACAAUAGUUGAACUGAGUUAUUGAAAAGUAGUGAAAAAAUUGGCUGGUAUACUUGUUAGACCUAUGUAGUUUUUCGAAACACAGUAUUUAAGAAAACCUAAACUUGUAAAUACAAGGGACUUAAUGAAAGACAUUCUCUUAUAUUCUAAAUAAUUUUCACUAUGGAUACUUUUUUAUUUGUUUGCUUAAAUAACAAUGGAUUAUUACUGAUUUUAAAAGAAAUAAUUGAAAUACCUUACAAGUAUUAAGGUAUAAAUGAAUGUUAUCUGUAAAA